UAUGCUGACAGGCAGGGUGUUGACAUUUAUAGCGCCUCGCAGAGCCAAAAUGGCGCACUAAGGAAAGUCAGUGUCACGACGGGUCCCUUUUUAUACGCCUGGUCUCCGGCUACCCCUGCCAGCGCUGACGUGACCAUGGCGAGCGCCGAACCUUCUCUGUCAGAGCAGGAUAUUGAGAAAAAGAUAGAGGAAACAAGGCGGAGGUUUAAAACGGAGUAUCUGAAAGACUCAUGUGACAGGUAUGACCCCAGGGACCUGGAGCAGCUAGAGAGCGAUGACUCCCUGGUGGACGCGUACCUGACGUGGCAGCACUAUGCCGUGGACAGGACCAUCAAAAUGAUAGACGAAAGCUUUCACUGGAGAAAGGCAUUCCAAUUGAACGAUAUCACAGAAAGCCGCGUCCCCAAAUGGACAUUCGAGACUGGUGCCGUCUAUCUGCAUGGCUAUGACAAAGAAGGCAACAAGCUAUUCUGGUUUAACGUUGGUCAGCAUGUGAAGGAUGCCAAGACCAUCCAGGACAAGAAGCAGUAUGUGGCCUUCUGGUUGGAACGGCACGUUAAACAACACCGCGGCAAGCCUCUCACAGUCGUGUUCGACAUGUCUGAUUCUGGGAUCCGUAAUAUUGACCUGGACUUCGUGAAGUACAUCAUCAGCUGCUUUAGAACAUAUUAUCCAAAGUUGCUGUCCAAAAUGAUCCUGUACGAGAUGCCUUGGAUCAUGAACGCGGCUUGGAAGAUCAUAAAGUCGUGGCUGGACGCUGACUCCAUUGACAAACUGAAGUUUGUGUCCAAGAAUGAGGUUGAGAUAUACAUCAGCCCUGACAAUUUGCCACCUCACAUGGGAGGAACUGACCCUUUCAGGUACAGCUAUCCCCCGCUUCCUGAUGACAGCUCCCAGUUCCUGGUGUCUGAAAACGGGCCAGUCAGCAGUGCAGUUGAAAAUAGCAGAAUCCCUGGAAAGGACUGAAAAGGGGAUUACACAACACCUUACCUGCACAAGAAGUACCAAAAUCAGAAGAUUUCUCAACAGAAAAUGCAAGCGUACUCUAUUGUGUAUUUGUGAGUACACUGUCCCCCUGGAUUAUCAUUGUUACCUAUGUGUAGUAAUUGCCUCAAAUGAUCAAACUCUGCAGAAUACUUUAACCUGGACUUCACACCAAAUAUGAAACUGCUAUUUUGAGGUCUUAUGCAUUUUUUAAUAUUUUAAGCAAUAUGUUCAAUUUUGAAAUUUGCCUUUUGCUUUAGAAACAUAAGAAAUUGGAUUUUUUUGUAUUAGCAGAAUUUACCUGUGCGAUUUAGUAACAGCUUAUAAUGCUUUGCUGAAAUCUGUUUAAAAAGCUGUUCAUUAGUCUACCUUAGCAUUUGGGCUUGUAAGAAACAGACGAUCCCUGAGUGUCAGUGUGGGCCUGUGGUUGAUCAUGACUGACCCUGAUGUUUGUACCCUGCUUGACUGGCCACAGCACAAAUUGAUUAGCGCAAUUAAUUAGGUUUGCUUUUGAUUACUGAGACCCAAAACAGGCAUCUCCUAUAAUUUGCCUAGAACUGCAGACUUUUUUUCCAUGUAUGGUUUACAUUGUCUAUGGUUAUGUUCACACAAGUUAUCAAUAAUGACAAAGUACAGCCUCAAGAAAGCUUUACUGAAAUGUUAGCACAUAAAUGUGUUAACAGUUUGCCUUCUUUAGCCAAUAGCUGAGCACUGUCCAGACACGUGUAAUACCAAUUCACUAAGCAUUAAAGCAUUUCAACAUUCCAGAUCAUGUAUAUCCAUAUAAAAUAGGUAAGUAGCAUGGAGCUGACUUGCUGGUUUAUUGUUUGUCUGACCUGUUUGUUGAAUAAAUUGAUUCAGCGGGCCCACACAGUAACCUGCAGGUAUUACAUUAUAAUACACGCUUAUUCAUGAAUCAUCUUAUUACUAUUCUUUUGUAUAUAAACUGUUAAUCACAUGUAAAGUAAUCACUGUGAUUUGGCACAUAAAUCUGUAACAUCCAAGUCACAUCUAGGUUACAGGAUUACACUAAUUACAUUAACACUCCAUGGUUACUUUGGUUGCUGGAUAAGCUGUGUUGUCAUCGUAACUUUUUUGUCUAUGCAUUUCAAAUUGUGAAUUUAUUUGUGAUUUUCUUUUCGGUAAACUCUUAAGUGAGUUUAAGUAUUUUCAUUCGUAAUAAUGGGAGCUUAUUGAAUGUGGUCCUUUUGCAUUUUUGUCAUUUUUUUAAAUAGUUUUUGGGAAUUUAAUGAUGUAAAAAUGAAGGGACUCUGCUGCAAGAAAAGUGUUAAAAGGAAUUCUGCACAAGAGUUAAUUGUGUUCAUCAUGUUGCAUUUCCACAGAAACUGCAUUUCUGUGAAUAAGAAUAUUUUUAACAUGAUGCCCUGAGGCAUGAGCUGAAGAUAUUUCAAUUCCAAUUUGUAGUAGAAGAUUAUUUUUUUCUAAUCUCUGUCAGAAUCUACCAGCUGCAUUCCCGUGUUUGUGUAGCAAAGUUAUUGGGCCUUAUAAAACGUAUUCGUUUAAUGUGACGGCCUUGUAACCUUCUCUUCCAUGACUCCUUGGUUCUAUGAAUGGGACACAUUAUGGGGGAAUUUUACAUUUCUAAUUUCUCAUGAAAAGUAAACUGUGGUGUUGAUUUCAAAUAUGUGACAUUUCAUACUAUAUGCAAUAUCAACCCUUUGGGGAUUUGGGGAAUUCCCCUUUAAGAAAUUGUGCAAUCUUUUAAGCAUCAGUGGCCAUUGCUUAACUGCCAAAGAUUUACAUUUAAUGUUUUUAUGACUUUGUAUCUCAGGAUUAAUUUUGAAGAUCCCGCAGAUAAAUUGCUGCAUAUUAAUCAAUAACUGAUUGAAUGAACUUAAAUGGACAUAUGAAGUGAUGUUUUUUUACCUUCAAUCUUUAAUCUGACUGAACUGUAAUAAAAUAAAGAAUUGAAUGUUUUUUUCAUUAAAAAUUAAAGAAACAGCCAGUAAGUGGGUCUUCUGUAUGCAGAAUCAAUCAACUAACGGCUGUAUUGCACUGUAAUAAAACAACCUCCCAGAUUAAGCUGA